UUCCCUUCUUAGCUCUUUUCUUUCCUCUUAUUCUUUUUGGAAAAUGAACACAAUUCAAAAAAUCUUCGAAUUCGGAAUAGUACCCAAAAAUUAUAACUCCAUGUGUUAAAUACCCUCUAAAUUCAUCCAAAAUUUCAUUUCUGAACGAAAAUUAAAUCAUAAAAUCGAAUCGCAAAAUCAGAAAUGGAGAAAACAGAAUCCAUUUUGUUUCAAAAAUAUGAGCUAGGUCGAUUGCUAGGACAAGGGACAUUUGCUAAAGUAUGUUAUGGUAGACACAUAAUAUCAGGCCAAAGUGUAGCCAUAAAAAUUGUUGAUAAAGAAAAAGUCCUACAAGUUGGUAUGAUUAACAAAAUCAAAAGAGAAAUUUCGGUAAUGAGACUUGUUAAACACCCUAACAUAGUCCAACUUUAUCAAGUUAUGGCUAGCAAAACAAAAAUAUAUUUAGCAAUAGAAUAUGUAAAAGGGGGUGAACUUUUUAACAAGAUCUCAAAAGGAAGAUUAAAAGAAGAUCAAGCUAGGCAUUAUUUUCAACAACUUAUAAGUGCUAUUGAUUUUUGUCAUAGUCGUGGUGUUUAUCAUCGUGAUUUAAAGCCCGAAAAUUUUCUCUUGCAUGAAUAUAGUAACCUCAAAAUAUCAGAUUUUGAGUUAAGUGCAUUACGUGAUUCUAGGCGACAUGACGGGCUUCUACAUAAACGUGGGUAUGACGGGUCUAAGGCGGAUAUUUGGUCAUAUGGAGUUAUUUUAUAUGUACUUUUAUCUGGUUUUUUACCAUUUCAUGACACAAAUCUUAUGGAAUUGUAUCUUAAGAUUAGUAAAUGGAAUUUUAGAUGUCCAUGUUGGAUCCAACCAGAAGUUCAAAAACUCCUUUACAAAAUAUUGGAUCUGAGUCAUAGAGGUUAAAAAGGCAAGUGGGGGCACUUUAGAGUAUAAUGAUUUUUGUAACAAAGAAUUGAAACCUGCUUUAAGGGAUAUUGUUUGGUCUACGCCUGAAAGUACUAUACCCGUACCCGUACAUAUACCCGUAUCUGAACCUGUAUCCGCACCCGCUAUUAAUUGAUGGAUUUACCGAAGAAAUUAGUUGUAUUGAAUGUUUAUUUUGUCAUCUUAUUAAUUGUCAUCAUUUUUCUAUUUGGUUAUUGUGUAUACAUGUUAAGAAUAUAUACUAUUCUACUAUCCUGUGUGUAUAAAAAGAAAAACCAAUUAUACUUCUUAGACCUGAUCAUGGGCGGUUCGGCCCGAAAAAGUGAGGGUUUGGGUACCAAUAUGGCCUGAUGGGCGGGUUUGGGCAGAAAAUAAGUGGCCCGAAUUUUUUUAGGCGGAUUUGGGAUUGGUGUUUGGCCCGCGAGCCGGCCCGGCCCGAAAGGAGCUAAGUUGGUCCAAUUAGUUACAUAUUUUGAUUAUUUCAUAUGCUAACACUUUUUUUCCAUAUUGCAUCAAGGUCGGUCUACCAUUUUUAAUGUUGAAGAGGAGGAAGAAGAGGUAGAUCGUGAAGAUGACGAUUGUCAAAUCACUAAUUAGUUACAUAAUUUGAUUAUUUUGUAUUUGUUUAUUUGAAUUAUUUGUAAUUUGUG